GAGGAUCAAGGCAUAGAAAGAAAGGACAUAUCCAAGGUUUCAAUUGCGAAGAUGAGUUUCAUGAGAAACAAGCUUGGUUAUGGCCAAGGGUUGAUCAUCUAUGUACUGGUGGCAACUGCCUCCAUGUUGGCAGUGAGUACUAUGGCCAAGACAAUUGUCGUCGGAGGCUCCGAAGGCUGGCGUUUUGGCUUCAACUAUACUGAUUGGGCUUUUCAGAAUGGACCCUUCUACCUGAACGACACUCUUGUGUUCAAGUAUGCUCCACCAAACAGCACAACCUUCCCUCACAGCGUAUACAUGCUACAUGAAUUCUGGAGCUUCCUGAAAUGCGACCUGAGAAGAGCGAAGAUGGUAGGGAAUGUGACCGACGGAGGUGGAGAGGGCUUAAAGUUUGUGAUCAAGAUGUGGAAACCAUACUUUUUUGCUUGUGGCCAGCUUAAUGGCUUCCAUUGUGAUGUUGGUAGGAUGAAGUUCGCCUUCUUCCCCAUUCCUCAUUGCCGUAAUACUCAUGGUUGAUGGACGCUCUUAUUGCUCUUUUUUCAUGGAGAUGGAGCUUUGGCCUAUAAAUAUAGACUUGCCAGGGAAGAUGCAGUGCAAUUUUUCAUCUC